GAUAAAUAGAAAAUAAAAAACUAAAAAAGAGAUAAAAAAGUUCAAGUGGAUUUUGGAAAUAAACACACACAAAGUGUAUAUUAUUAUUUAUUUUUGUUUAAAGCCUCUUACUUAAUAUAUAAAUUAUAAAUAAUAAUUUAUAAAAAAAAUAACAGUUUAAGUAAUUAAUUUAAGUGAUAAAUCAUCAUGUCUUCACCAGCUAAAAAAAUUAAAAAAUCAGAUGAACCGGUGUCUGCUGGUGGUGAUGUUAAUGAGACGCGUGAUUAUGAUAUUGAAAUACAAAAUACAUUACAAGAAAUAGAUACUUGUCAAAAUCAAAUUGAUGGACUCAAUGAAAAAGCAAGUGAUGAAAUACUUGAAGUUGAAAAAAAAUACAAUAAAUUGCGUAAACCAUAUUUUCAAAAACGUAAUGACAUCAUCAAGAGGAUACCUAAUUUUUGGGUUACUGCUUUUGUUAAUAAUAAAAGAAUAGCUGAAAUAUUGGAAGAAGAAGAAGAGGAUGCAUUGAGAUAUUUGAAUAAAUUGGAAGUUGAAGAAUUUGAAGAUAUUAAAUCAGGUUACAGAAUUAAUUUUUAUUUUGACGAAAAUCCAUAUUUUACAAAUGAUAUAUUAACUAAAGAAUUUCAUCUUGGUUCAUCUGGUGAUCCAGCAUCUGAAAGUACAGAAAUAUGUUGGAAAGAAGGAUCUGAUUUGACUAAAAAAUUAAAAGGUAAAAAUCAAUUAAAAGGUCGUAAAAGGCCACUUGGUCAUCGUUCAUUUUUUGAAUGGUUUACGGAUCAUGGUGAUCCAAGUGCUGAUGAAAUUGCUGAAUUAAUUAAGGAUGACAUGUGGCCAAAUCCAUUGCAGUAUUAUCUUGCACCAGAUAUGGAUGUUGAAAAUGGUAUUGAAGGUGAAGAAAUUGAUAGUGAGGAAGAAGAUGAUGAUGAAGAAGCAGGUGAAGAUGGUGAUGAUGUUGGUGUAGAAGAAGAUCUACCAGAUGACAGUGUUGUUGUUGCUGAAGAAGAUCCUGAAGAUGAGGAUGACUUGAUGGUAGAUGAUGAUGCUGAACGUGAAGAAGGAGAUGCUGAAGUUGAAGCUGAAGUUGAAGCUGAGGCUGAUGGUGAAGAGCCAGAAUAAUAAUUAACUCAACGAAAAUAAAUACCAAGAUAUUUUUCUCUGCAACAAAUUGAACAGUUACAAUUAAAAAUAUUGAUAUUUCAUGGUUUCUUUUUUUUUUUCUAUUUCGUGUGUUUAAUUUACAAAAUAUAUUUAAAAUUUGUUGUAUGAUUAUUUUAUCUGACAAACCAUAAAUUAAAAUUGAAAAGAAAAAAGAUUCCAUUCAUGUGGAUUUUUUUUUUUAUCAAAGAUCUUUUUUAUUUUCAUAAAAAAAAAAAAAAAAA